AUGAUCCAUGCUGUACUUAUAUUCAAUACCCACGGUAAACCGCGUUUAUCCAAGUUCUUCACUCCGCUACCUCCCUUGGUCCAACAAUCGUUAAUCUCCCAGAUAUUCAGUCUGAUAUCUGACCGUCCGGCUGGAGUGUGCAACUUCCUCGAUGCCCCUGAUCUAGUAUUUCCCACGCCUGGUAGUACGAUCGUAGAAAAGGGAAAGAGGAAAGAAGGAGAUGACGAUACGAGGGUGAUUUAUAGACAUUAUGCGACGUUGUAUUUCGUGUUCGUAGUGGAUGGUGCGGAGUCCGAAUUGGGUAUUUUAGAUUUGAUCCAGGUGUUUGUAGAAUCCUUAGAUAGGUCGUUUGAGAAUGUCUGUGAAUUGGACCUGAUCUUCCAUUUCGAUGAGGUCCACCAUGUGCUCUCGGAGAUCAUACAGGGUGGAUUGGUGCUGGAAACGAAUAUUAACGAAAUAUCAGCUUGUGUCCAAGCAGCCUCACGCAAUCGAAAAGCCUCAGCCGCAUCGUCCAACCCGCUCAUACCGUCUGUCCUAGCGGUGCCAGGUGGGAGAGGUGGAAAUCGAGGUGGGAGUGCCGAUGGUGCUCGAAGAUGGUUAGCCUCUAUAGGUGUAUAG